AUGGGCCCUUUGGUCCCCUACUUCACCACCACCAAGACUUUCCUUCAGCUGCUUGGUAAGGACCACCUCCAGAAGGCCCUCUCUUCAGCUCAGCCUCCUGUAUUUGGAGACUUGGACGAGAUUCACAAGCACGGUUUCCCAAACGUGGUCACCUUGUGGCCCUCAGAGGACCUUACUAUGGAUCCGUAUGAUGCCCUAAACGCUUUAUAUUUCCUUAAAACCCUUUACAGUAAGCGCCAAACCGCGCUCAAGGGAAAAGGGGGAUCCAAGGAAUUUGACACUAAAUCCAGCAGCAGCAUCCGCCUGAAAGACAGUACCAAGAAAUUGAGCUGUACCAGCGAGGUUGCUCACGCCAUGAACCGCGUGGCUGACCUCGGUGACGUUUCCGACGAUUCUGAACAGGAAAGACAUAUGGAACGGGUCAAGGCAUUCGCAGAGAAAAAUGGACAGAAGCGACGAGCGGAUCACGAGAAGAAGGACAAGGGCGAUUCCUGA